GGGCGGGCGGCAGGUAGGUGCUGGCGGUGGGAUAUUGCCAGUAUCCACCCUCGGCCCCCUUUCCGCUUUACUCCCCCUCCCCCGCCCCCGGGCCGCGCUGUGCUGGCUGGGAGCUGCGGGGUGGCCGCCGAGGAGGCGGUGCGGGGACGGGAGACCGGCCGCAGGCUCAGGUGCUGAAAACUCACUGAAAACAUGGGGUCUGAAAACCCAAGUCCACAGAACCCUGGCUGUAAGAUCAUGACCUUCCGUCCCACCUUAGAGGAGUUUCGGGACUUUGGGAAAUAUGUUGCCUACAUCGAAUCGCAGGGAGCUCAUAGGGCAGGGCUUGCCAAGGUGAUUCCUCCCAAGGAAUGGAAGCCCCGAAAGACUUAUGAUGACAUCGAUGAUAUGGUCAUCCCAGCGCCUAUCCAGCAGGUGGUGACUGGGCAGUCAGGGUUAUUCACCCAGUAUAAUAUACAGAAGAAACCCAUGACGGUGGGAGAAUACCGGCGUCUGGCCAACAGUGAGAAGUACUGUACUCCUCGUCACCAAGAUUUUGAAGACCUGGAACGUAAAUACUGGAAGAAUCUGACGUUCGUCUCACCAAUUUAUGGGGCAGAUAUCAGUGGCUCGCUAUAUGAUGCAGAUGUAGAAGAAUGGAAUAUUGGGAAUCUGAACACCUUGUUGGACAUGGUGGAGCAUGAGUGUGGGAUUAUCAUAGAAGGUGUGAACACCCCCUACCUUUAUUUUGGCAUGUGGAAAACAACAUUUGCAUGGCAUACUGAGGACAUGGAUCUCUACAGCAUCAAUUACCUGCAUUUUGGGGAGCCGAAAUCCUGGUAUGCCAUACCACCAGAGCAUGGCAAGCGAUUGGAACGCCUGGCAAAAGGAUUUUUCCCAGGAAGCUCUCAGGGAUGCGAUGCCUUCCUUCGCCACAAGAUGACCCUCAUUUCACCCUCCAUCUUGAAGAAAUAUGGCAUCCCAUUUGACCGGAUCACCCAAGAGGCUGGAGAGUUUAUGAUCACAUUUCCUUACGGCUACCACGCGGGAUUCAACCACGGCUUCAACUGCGCUGAGUCCACCAACUUUGCCACACUGCGGUGGAUUGACUAUGGCAAAAUGGCUACGCAAUGCACGUGCCGCAAAGACAUGGUGAAGAUUUCCAUGGAUGUUUUUGUGAGGGUUCUACAACCGGAACGUUAUGACUUGUGGAAACAAGGGAAAGAUGGUGCUAUUCUGGACCACAUGAAACCCACAGCUCUGACCAGCCCAGAGCUGGAUGCCUGGAAUGAGACAAAGCCUGAGCUGAAAGCUAAGCUGCUCCGCAGGGUGGGAGAUGAAGAAGAGGACAACAAACAAAGUUACCGGUCUCACAGAAAAAGAAGUCAACCCAGAAGGCAUAAAACGGAGGAUCAGAAGUCUCUUGGGGAAGUCAUAGCUAUGGAGACUGCCCUGGAAGAAGUCAAAAUGAAGGAGGAGCUGAAAAGAGGGCCAGACCUAGAUGAAGAGGAGAGAAGUAAAGUGGCUGAGGGGGGAGAAGGAGACAGCAAGGUAAGGGGCCGUCCCCCAAAAGUAAAAGGUGAGAGAAAGAAGAAGCACCCUCACCAUCAGCACCACCACCAUCACAGUCAUCACCUGCAGCCACCUCAGCCUCCUUUGCAGCAGCAGCAGCUGCCGCCGCCGCCGCCACAGCAGCAACCAGCCGGAGAAGAGGCACCAGCAGCCCGGCCACUGAUUCCUGCAGCAGCACCAGCAUCAGCCACGGCAGAGAAGAGCUUACCCUCUGCUCCCCUCAAUAUCGUCCUGCCCUCAGAGGUGCCAAGCGAGGAGGAUGACUUUAAGCCCCGACCCAUCAUUCCCAUGCUUUAUGUGGUUCCACGGACCAAAAAGGUGGUCUUUGAAAAGGAGCGCAUAUCCUGCCAGCAGGCCUUUGAGCAGUUUGCCACACAAAAGGGCCAGGUUUGGCGGGAGCAGGUGGUCCCUUUGGAGCUCACUGUGAAGGAGGAGGAGAGCGGAGAAGCAGAAAAUGCGGAUGUUGCCACUGAGGUCAGUGACUUACAGGCCACUUCUGCUUUUUCAAAAAUGAAGAUGGAGAUAAAGAAAAGUCGCCGUCACCCACUGGGCAAACCACCAACCCGCUCGCCGUUGUCUGUGGUUAAACAGGAGGCCUCAAGUGAUGAGGAAACGUUUCCAUUUUCCGGGGAGGAGGAUGUGAGUGACCCAGAGGCUCUGAAGUCUUUACUUUCCCUGCAGUGGAAGAAUAAAGCACAUAACUUCCCAGCUGAGCGAAAAUUCAAUGCAGCUGCUGCCCUGAGUGAGCCCUACUGUGCUGUCUGUACCCUCUUCUACCCUUAUAACCAGUCCUUACAGAUGGAUAAAGAGUCUGUCCAGGUCUCCACAGGGGAGAGCUCCUCCUUGCUCCAGCUUUCAAAGUGUGGACAGAAGACAAAGCCUCUGAUCCCUGAGAUGUGCUUUACCUCAGGUGGUGAAAACACAGAGCCCCUUCCUUCAAACUCGUACAUUGGAGAAGAUGGAACCAGCCUCCUGAUAUCCUGUGCCAAGUGCUGCCUGCAGGUUCAUGCAAGUUGCUAUGGAAUACGUCCUGAUCUGGUGAAUGAAGGCUGGUCUUGUUCACGGUGCUCAGCCAAUGCAUGGGCAGCGGACUGCUGCCUGUGUAAUCUCAGGGGAGGAGCUCUUCAAAUGACCACUGAUGGAAGGUGGAUCCAUAUAAUCUGUGCUAUUGCUGUCCCAGAGGCCCGUUUCCUCAACGUAAUAGAGCGCCAUCCUGUGGACAUCAGUGCUAUUCCAGAACAGCGGUGGAAACUGAAAUGUGUGUACUGCCGGAAGCGGAUGAAGAAGGUGUCUGGUGCCUGCAUUCAAUGCUCCUACGAGCACUGCUCCACAUCCUUCCAUGUGACCUGUGCACAUGCCGCUGGGGUACCCAUGGAGCCGGAUGAUUGGCCAUAUGUUGUGUCCAUCACUUGCUUCAAACAUAAAGCAGCCAACCACAAUAUCCAGUUUCGGAGGGAGGUAUCGCUGGGGCAGACUGUGAUUACGAAGAACCGCAAUGGACUCUACUACAGGUGUAAAGUAAUUGGCAUGACAACGCAAACCUUCUAUGAAGUGAACUUUGACGAUGGCUCUUACAGCGACAACGUUUACCCGGAAAGCAUUACUAGCAGAGACUGCAUUCAGAUGGGACCCCCUCCAGAAGGCGAGUUGGUUCAGCUGCAGUGGACUGAUGGAAUCAUCUAUAAGGCCAAGUUUAUUGCAGCCCAGAUCAGUCAGAUUUAUCAGGUGGAGUUUGAAGAUGGCUCCCAGCUGAUGGUAAAACGUGGUGAUAUUUACACAUUGGAGGAGGAGCUUCCUAAGAGAGUGAAAUCUCGCCUGUCCCUCAGCACUGGGGCCCCUCAGGAAGGAGUGUUUUCUGGAGACGAAGUGAAAGCCGCCAAGCGCCCCCGAGUGGGGAAUUCCAGGAAUCCCGAGGACUAUGGACAGAACCCAGAUUACUUGGCCUUCAUGGAGACCCUGCUGCAGACGCAGUACCAGCCAGGACCACAGAGCAACAUGUUUUAACCAGGAUUAAUAAUAAUAAUUAAAAAAUUAACCCUUUUCAACCCUGAGGAAAAAUAACCAGGAAACUGUGGAACAAAAGGCCAGCCCCGUGCAAUAGCCUGCUGUGAAUUCCUUUCUUCGGCUCUCGGUUUGGACUGCAAGAAAAUCCUGUCUGGCUACAGGCUACCUCUACUCUGUCAGCUGCAUUGCUGACCAAUAGAAUAGGGAGCUCAAAACCCCUUCAGACAGCAUUUCACAUGAAGACUUCGGAAGAGUUUGUACUAGUGGAGCUUUGCGACUGGCUCCUUUUUCUUUUUCUUUUUUUUUUUAAGGUUUGGAAAGGGUUAAAAUUAAUGAAAAAUGAAAUGACUCAGAUUUUUAAACCACAUCAAACUCUUUUGUCUUUAAAAGGUGCUAUUUCCCUGACUACUGAAGCAGCCUUUGAACCCUGAUUUCUGUACAUAUAAAUCACCUUUGUGACGUUUUCUAUAAAUGAGCAUUAUUAAGAAAAAAAAACGCAAACAAAAAUAGGAAAGCAACAGUUUCAACAAAUAAUUUUUUCUAGAUCGUGGCUUUAAAACAAAAAAAAAUAAAAUCAUUUCUCCUUCCUCCCCACCACUGAAAUGUAAUUUAACACUGCAGUGGGGAGAGAGAACAAGAGCAGACAUUGUGGGUUGUUUUUUAAAGCAAUGUUUUCUUUGUAACCUGGGGAAGCGGGGAAAGAAAUGUCUCAUAACCCGAAUGUUGUUGCAGUUGAUGAUUUAGACCGUGGGUGUGUGCAUUUCUGCCCUGUCAUCAGCAAAGGGCAACCAGUGGGGAAAUGGCUGGACAUUAGUGUUUGCUCCUUCUACUCCUCUUCCUUGCCUUUUCCUUCCCCAUCUUUGCAAUCACUUAGACUCUGUGGCCUCAAGCGUGCAUGCCUUUCGAUUCAGAUAUGCCACUUGAUUCUUCCCCUCACCGAUCUGGCAGGCAUUGUUCUGUUGCUGCCAUCCCCUUUAAGAGCUGCCACCCCCACCUUUCUAUCAAGAGUGGCGUGCAAGGGGUUUGUUCUGGCUCUCUAUUAGGCAUGGCUCCCAGAGGAACUUUUUCCUUUUCUUUUUCUUUGGUUUUGAGCUGUGCAGCUUACAAUUGCGUGAAUCAUUCCAUGACAGAAGCCUUGGAGGUGUGUGUAUAUUCUCUUCUACCCCCUCCCCCCAUUAAAGAAGAAAUUCCCCAAACGCCUUCAAUUGUUGUGACAUCCUUUACUUAGGUAAGGAGUGAGCCUUUGAGAUGCUCCUGGUGAAGCGGGAUGAAAGCCUGCAUUUGUUUGGGCUCAGUUCAUUGAGUAUUAAAAUGAGUGUUAAAGUCAGAAACAAAUCUUGAAAUACUGAAUAGGCGGCUCCCACCUGAACUCUGUGUAAGCACCUCCUCCUGUAGAACUGUUAUGGAACAGUGUUGCAUAAAAGGCCUUAUCCAAAGCCCAUCAAAGUUGGUGGAAAGAGACUCCCACUGACUUCAGAGGGCUUUGAAUCAGGCUUGAAGUGAAGAGAAAUAAGUAGACUUGGAGGAGAACUGCAGGGAGAUGAGGCUGCUGCAGUGUGUGUGCAUGGGGAUGGGGACAUGGUACUUAUACAGCACAUAUUCAAUCCCACCUUUGUGUCUUUGCCUGUGAGUUGACAAAGCUAUCCAGGAAACGCGUCCUCAGCAAUCUUUUUCUCUUGAGUCCCAGAAAUUUCUGAGCGGGGAGGAACAAUACUCUCUCUUUUUAAGCCCCCUUGUAAUACAGUCAAUAUAUAUUUUUUUUAAGUGACUGUGUUUAGAUAUCUUCAUGGGAACGUGGGAAGCAUUUGCAGGACAACAUGGUAAUUAUUAGCAUCUUAAGAGACUGGACGGAUAUUCAGCUGUCCCAGUCAGAGAAUGGAAAUGGAGUGAAGUGUUCUUUCUUGGGGGAAUUAGAAUUCCCUUCAUUUCUUGCUGCCUCUGCUGAGAGGUGUUUUUUGCAUUUUUUUUUUUUUUUUUUAAGUGUGUGUUAUAACACAGUGUGAAAUCCUUUUAGGUAGUUUUGUUCUUGUUUUUUUUUCUUCUUUAUUUUAAGUUUUCAAUUUCUCCAAACGAAUCUGUCUCCAAAAAAGCAUUAGACUGAAUUUAUCAAAGAAGAAUGUACAUUUUUUGUUUUUUUUCUUUAAAGGAAAAAAGGACUGUUCUUAAAAGCCUCGUUCUGUGUCAUUUUGGAUAGAAGACAAAUUAGAACCUAGCUGAAGUCUCUCUCCUUUACUUUGUGCCGCACCUGUAUAGCGAUUACUCCUGCGUAGCUGUCUCCUGUUGGCUAGAACAAGAUUUAAAAGAUAAUUUGCUUGUAUAAAAGAAAAAAUGGAUGUUUUAAUGGUUGCCAGGCCACAGAGAAAUAUUUAAAACAAUUGAAAGAGAAUUUAAACAGCAGAGGAUUUUUUUUUGUUUUGGAAGUGGGGAGGGGGAAGGGAAGUAGGGCGGGAUGGGUUGGGAGCAGUGGGCGGAUUUCCUCUGCAUGUUAAAAAAAAAAAAAAGUCCUGACUGAAGUAGCAUCAUUACUGUAUUCAUAUGUAGUACCUUUUUUAAAUACUAUUUAUAUUGUAAAAACAAAAAACAAAAAAAGUGUGUUUCCCUGACCCCAUAUUCAGAUGGUGAGUUAUGUUUAAACGUGAAUCUGGAACUGUAGAAUGCCCUUCUUUGUUGCUGGGUUUUUCCUGUUUUGUUUGUUCUUAAAGCCCUCUUUUGGUUCAGGAAUGACUUGUGCAGUUUAUCUAUAAUGACCAUGUUGAAGGUUUCUGUGCAUCAGACUAUGGAAAAGGAAAUAGGAAAUGCACACUUCUUCCCCACCCCCCAGUGAAAUAUAUUUGUAAGUGUCUGAUUAUGUGCUAUAAAAUUAUUGAUUUUUUUCCUCUUAGAUUAAGAA